AUGUCCUCAAAUACAAGUAUUUCAGAUGUUUCUAUCAGUAUCCAAGAAAAAGCAUUUAUAGACGUUAUACCAGAAUCAAAAGUUGGAUUCAAACCCACCACGGUUUUUAUUUUCGCCUUUGCCUCCAUAUAUUUUAUUGCAUUUGUAGCAGCAUUUGAUUCCGGAACUAGUUUUCUUCUAACAAGUGCGGUUUCUCAACCUGUGAUUGCAGGAUUGAGUCAUGUGUUUGGGAGAAAAGAAGCACUUCUUGGAUUCGCUGUACUCUUUGGACUCGGCUCGAUUCUGGCGGCUGUUGCCAAUAAUUUUACUUUGUUGCUUUUAGGUAGAAGCGUACAGGGAAUUGGUGGCGAUGGAAUUUUGUCGCUGGGCGAGAUUCUUGUUAAUGAUUUAGUUCCUCUCGCUGUGCGAGGUGCAUACUUUGGAUAUAUGGGUAGUAUUUGGGCUAUCGGAAGUGUAGGGGGUUCAUUGAUGGGUGGUGCUUCCGCACAAAAUGUUUCUUGGAGAUGGAUUUUCUGGAUCAAUAUCCCUAUCAUCGUAUCCGGCGCAAUCGCUAUCAUUAUAUUUUUGAAAAUGAACCGUACACCAGGAAAUUUGUUGGCAAAGGUCAAAAAGUUUGAUUGGAUUAGUUCUGUCGUCUUUGUUUCUUCGACAAUAUCUUUCUUGAUACCUAUUACAUGGGGUGGUGUUAUGUAUGCAUGGGAUUCAUGGAGAGUGCUUUUCCCUCUCUUGAUUGGAGUGGCAGGCAUUGUCGCAUUCGCAUUCUACGAGAAACGACUUUCAGAUCGAGCAUUUGAUUCCGAAGGGGAGACUGUGGUUCAUGGAAUGGUAGUUUGGUCUUUGUUGUACUAUCUCCCCUUGUACUAUGAAGCAGUUCAAGGGUACACACCGAUUAUUUCAGGUGUCGCGGUCUUGCCUGAGACUGGUUUCGUGGCUCCUAUGUCCGUAAUAGUCGGAGUUCUCGUCGCUGCGACAGGUCGUUACCGUUGGGCGCUCUGGUCAGGCUGGACUCUCGUCACUUUCGGAGCUGGCCUAUUAUACCUCCUCGAACCCAAAACAUCCAUCGUUCAGUGGGUAUUCCUCAAUAUUCCAAUAUCAACCGGUAUAGGCAUGCUCUUUCCCGCCAUGUCUCUAGGAAACCAAGCCGCAUCUCGACCUCAAGACGCCGGCCACGCCGCAGCUUUAUACGCUUUUACUCGUGUAUUCGGUCAAGCGAUCGGUGUUGCAAUCGGUGGCGUCGUUUUCCAAAACCAGAUUAAAGAGAAACUUCUCUCGUAUCCAUUGUUCGCAUCGAUGGCGACGCAGUAUAGUAAAGAUGCUACGGCUUUGGUUUCAUUGAUCAAGGGUAUGGAUGAUGGGUUGGAGAAAAUGCAACUCAAACAAGCUUAUGCGGAUUCUCUGAAGAUGCUUUGUGUUGUGAUGUGUGCGUUGGGUGGUGCCGCACUUAUAUCGAGUUCGUUGUGA